AUGGUUGUGACUACUGUGGGGACAUGCAUUAUUCAGAGGAUUGCCCGGAUUAGCCGGCUCAAGAAGUUAACUAUGUCCAGAAUCAGCAAGGGAACUUUAAUCAGCAAUGCUCGAAAUGAGCAUGUCUAUGCUGUCACAACUCGAUCAGGUAAUACGUAUAAUUCUACAAAUUAUUUGCCUGAUGAAUCUACUCCGCUUGCGCAGGUACAUGAAGAAGAAGAGGAGGUUGCUAAAGAAGUAGAGAUAGAGCCGAACCCAGCUGUGCAGACACCGGUCGUUCCAUCAAAACAGGCUGACAAACCUGAAGUAAAGCCGUACCAGCCCAAAAGCCCAUUUCCUCAGAGAUUGGUGAAACAUAAACUAAAGCAGCAAAUGGAUAAAUUUGUGAGUCACCUCAGUAAAUUGCAUAUUAACAUUCCAUUUUUAGAUGCAAUUGUGCAGAUGCCAGGUUUUGCAAAGUGUUUGAGGCAAAUCUUGAUGAAUAAGAAAAAUCUGGCGGGGGUGACAACUAUAGUGCUUCAGGAUGUUUGUUCAGCAGUAGUGACAGAUAAGUUGCCCGAAAAACACGGGGAUCCAGGUAGUUUUACCAUACCUUGCAAGAUUGGUAAUUUAUCUGUGAAAAGAGCCUUAAACGAUUCAGGAGCAAGUAUUAAUCUAAUGCCUUCAUCGAUUUAUUCUAAAAUGAAUUUAGGAGAACCAAAACUGAUUAAAAUGAAAAUCCAUUUGGCCAAUAAAUCUGAAAUUAGACCAAUGGGAAUUCUAGAAGAUGUGUUAGUUAAGGUGGGCGGUUUGGUUUUUCCUGUCAAUUUUGUGAUUAUUGAAGCAGAUGAAGCAUUAGAUGUGCCUCUUAUCUUAGGGAGACCAUUCCUUGCCACGGCCGAUGCUAAACUUGAGGUCGGUCGUGGAAAACUUACUUUGAGAGCAGGAAAUGAGUCGGUGACAUUUACAAACACUUGUUCUGUAUCUUUUCCUAAUGUUGCUAACUCAGUUGAAACUGCUUGUGUUAGUUCAUUGGAUUCGAAGGUUGAUGAAUGGUUAGAUAAGAAGCUUGAGAAAUAG